UGUUUGCGAACUUGACAAUAGGGGAAGUGGAUAGACUAUGAUGCGAUUUCAUAAGAAUUGUACGGAAUGUUCCACUUACCUGAUUUGCUGUUUCCUCCACGUUAAAUUUGUUAUUACUCUUUUUUGUACUGGCAACAAACAAAGUUCGUACGGAGAGUGAAAUAAAAGACUGAAAGUAUUGUUCGAAUAUUAUCAUUUUACGUUUUCAUUUAUUGAGUGGUUGGCUUGGAUGUUCUGAUUAGAGUAACUUGAUUAACGUCAUGUUUGCCAAAUGUUUGUGAUCGGUAGCGCUGUUUUCAUCAACUGCCAAAAAUAUACCUGAUUUGAAGAUGAUUCCACCGUGCACUACAAACUACUGAGUCCGUGUUUGCUCAUGAUGAUCUCUACCUGCUGAACUGGAAAUCAGAAAGUUGCCUCCUCAAGCUUUAUUUCGUCUUGUUCAGAUACUCGAAUAUGGUGAAGCAUGGAAGCAGCUCAUGGCCAUUAUUCCUAAAACUGGAUCUGAUACAUCUGAGAUGAAAUACAAAAUGGAACAUGUAAAACUGAUUGAACAUCAUGCAAAUCUGCAGAAGCGACCUUGUGCAGAAAUCUUUUUGGAGGAGUGGAGCACUAGUGGAAGGAUUAGACCAAAUUUAGCAUUCCUGCUAGAACUUUUGGUUAAAGCUGAACUGUACAGAGCUGCAGAAUAUGUCGCUGGUGAUUUAUUGAAAGACAAACUGCCUGAAAGACCAGAGUCUGGGCCUGCUGCUGCUGUUGAUUUGUCCGAUGAAGCUUUGCAGAAACUUCUUCAAUCAAAAAAACAUGUUAAACCUCUGGCUGAUGUCAAUGGUUUGAUUGAUUCAUUGCCUAAGCCAUUGGAACGGUUGACAUUGUUUGAUGGAGCUCAAGAGACUGUUACUCCUGGAGGCGCUGGUAAUGUACACACGAAUAAUACUGAGAGAGGACAUGUGGGUGUAAAUGAAAGCAAUGAAACUAUAAAUGAAAUGCCAACAAGGAGAGUGGAUAGUAUUGAUGCACCUGCAAUCAGUAAUGAAAGAAAUGAGUACAGAACUGAUUCACCUUCAGAUGUGCAUCCUAAUAUAAGUACAUCAGUGCCAAAUUUUCCAUAUUCAUUGUUGGAUGAUAUUACUAACCAUUUCUGUGAAACCCCUGUUGUAGCAGGGCAGGAUUUAAGAAGUGGUCGAAAGUUGGGCACUGGAGCAUUUGGUUCUGUCUAUCUUGGAAUUUUACCAACAGAGAAAGUUGCUGUUAAAAGAUUAAAGAGAGAUGCUAUAAAUGUUGAGAAGCAGUUCCAAAAUGAAAUACAUACACUUUCAAGGUUUAGACAUGAGAACCUAUUACCUUUGGUGGGUUAUUCAUGUGAUGGCCCCAAUUACUGUUUGGUUUAUGAGUAUAUGAGUAAUGGAUCACUGCAAGAAAGGCUAGCUUGCCAGGGCUCAACUCCUGUACUGAACUGGCAAACAAGAUUGGACAUUGCUCUUGGUACAUCAAGAGGAAUCUUGUAUCUGCAUACUGCAUUUGAGAAGCCUCUGGUUCACAGGGAUAUAAAAAGUGCAAAUAUUUUGCUGAACGACAGUUUGCAAGCCAAAUUAGGUGAUUUUGGACUUGUCCAUCUGGGUGCAGGUUCACAACAGACUCAGAGUGCUCUUCUGACAAGUACAGUAUUUGGCACAUCAGCAUAUAUGGCACCGGAAGCUUUUAGAGGAGAUGUGUCAGUCAAAUUAGAUGUCUUCAGUUUUGGUGUGGUGUUACUGGAACUUCUGACAAGCCUGUCACCCUAUGAUGAAAACAGAGAAGGUUGUGACUUGGUAACGCAUGUUGAUGACAUUUGUGAAGGAUCCAUUGAACCACUUCUUGAUACCAAGGCUGGUAGUUGGACAGCAGAAAAUGGACAGAAGAUAUGUGAAGAACUUUAUGUUAUUGCCAUUAAAUGCCUGGAAGAAAAAAGAUUGAGGCCAAGUAUGGAUUAUAUAGUGAAUACACUAGAGAAUACUGCUGAAAAAUGUGGUUUUUUGUAGAGACAAAUUGUAUAUAUUAAUUAAAUUUUAUUUUCAAAAUGUU